UGAAAAAUGGGGGUAAAAAAUUGGUAUCAUAUAGACCUAUUAUUUUAGGAGGAUUGUGGACUACACAAAUCAUUUUGCCUUGAGAAAAAUUAUUCAUUGUGAACUUAGAAAGUAUUUACAUGUAUUCAGUGAAGCGUACAUAUUCAGUUACAAGCAUAUAAGAAGACAGUAUGUUUAAAGUGGCAGCUAAGUUUGUCCACCUCACCAAUGGUGGGGUGAGGGUGGCCAGGGGUGCCUUAGGAACCUACACAAGAUAUGCCUACUACUCCCUAACAGACAGGAAAGGGAGACAACCCAGUGAGGGGUCCCUGAAGACCAUCAAACCUUACGAACCUAAAUACAAUUUAGAAUAUGACAUCCCAGAGGACUACCUCUUGUCUCAGUGGACUUCAAACCCCUGGCCCUAUUUCUACUAUCGGAUAUUGAUGGCAUGCUAUUUUGUAUUCAUGGUGCUCUACACAGCAAUUGUUGGAACUCUGAAGGCCAAAAUGUUGAUCAUGCUUACCUACUGGUCUUUCUACCUUCUGACAGCUUGCCAAAUCCUCAGAGCAGCUAAUGUGUGGCAUUACAUUCAGCUCAGGAACAUCAACCAAGAUAUUCAUCUGAAGUUGAAAAGUAGUGGGCGGAUCAAAGUUCAGUGGGUGUUGUACAACCUCAGUACAGGAAGUGCCCCUAUAGUCACCUUCCUAUUUUGGACUAUAGCUUAUGACGGUUCUGGUGUAAACUUUAUUAACUGUUCCACACAUGGGGCCAAUGCUGUAGCUGUGUUUCUAGAUCUUUGGAUAACUCGGAUGCCAAUGCGGAUGAUGCACAUGAUCCACAGUGUAAUCUUUGGGUUGAUCUACAGUGCCUUCUCUGUUAUUUACUGGUACCUAGGGGGAACUAAUCAGUAUGGAGAACCUUUUAUUUACAAAGUGCUCAACUAUGGGGAAUCCCCUCUAAAAGCCUUGUAUUACAUUGUAGCUAUUAGCUUCAUUGUUGCACCUAUGAUGCACAGUAUGUUCUUCCUACUGUAUAGGUUAAGGGUUUUUCUCCAUCGGUUUUUGAAAGUGAUGGAUAAGAGACAUAAAGUGGAGACAGAUUAAGAAAUGUUUUAAUGUUACUUUAUAAUAUCUAACUGUGCUUUCAGGGUUUCUUGUGCCAAUUUUACAUACAAGUGACUAUCUUCAUAAAGGGAGUGUAUGUUUACUAUUACCUGUAUUUAUAUUAUCAUUCAUGUUUCUGUGUUGGAAACAUUGGGGGUCUAGUCUAGAUUUUUACACUUUUAUUGACUUGUUCAGGGUAAUAUGGAACAGAUUCUUUAUUAAAUUAUUACUGUACUAGCAUUCCAAACAUUUUGUUUGUCAGUAUUUGCCAUUUUAUGAAUAAUAAGAACAAUUUUAGUCCAUGUAACAGAUGUUUUCAUUUUGCUAUGCAUAAUAUUUACUAAUUUAUAUGCAGUAAGUUUAGUAUAUUUUUUGGAAAUCUCUAGUAAAGAACGUAGUGUGUAACAUUCAAAUAUUUUUUAUUUUGAAGGGAACGCUUUACCACAUUUAUGUCAGAGUAUCAAAGAUACACAUUUAUGAUAGAAUAUUCAAGUUUUGUUUGUAAAAUCUUUCAAGAGAUGCUUUAAUCAAGUGAUUUUAGUGAAAUUUUGCAGAUAUUUUUGAAUUAUUUACUUUGUCUGUUUACAGUUAAUAUAUGUACAUGUAUUUAGUGUAAAAUGAAACAUUCCAACCCAUGGGCAUUAUUUAGAUAUCUUUUUCAAUUGGUGUUGAGUAAAAUUAUCAUUCGUGAGUUUACUCUGAAGUGCACUUUAGAAAUACAUGUAUAAUGGUUUACAUGGUGAAUAAAUCUAUACAAACGCAAACAGUUCAUAACACUACAUAUUCACUGGAUUUGAGGCCGUAUUCACUGAAGGGUCAUUGCGUGUGCAACGGCAUUGUGACAUCACAAUCAAAAACAUCAAACAACGUUGUAAACAGUGGUUGCAACGGCCGCAGCGAGCUACGUAUCUGAGCAGGAAAACAAUUAUUCAAACCUAUUUCAGGAUUAUUUUUUAACAUUUGGACGUCUUACACAUAGCGAAACUCGGAAUGGAAAACACAGAGGUUACAAACAGUUAUCUGGAGAUUUUUUUAUUUUCAACAAUGGAAGAUCGCAAAUGAAAAUGGUGUCGCCAUACAGCCUUCAAUGUCUUAUUUAUUCAAAUCCGCACUAUAUAAUAAAACAAUUAUGGACUCUUUUGGUGUUGAAUAUGGUUUGUUAUUCACCAGAAAAAUAUCCAUAUUGACCUCGGCUUCGCCUCAGUCAAUAUGAAUAUUUUUCUGGUGAAUAACAAACCAUAUUCAACACCAAAAGAGUCCAUAAUUGUAUAGUAUGUGUACUUAUAGUAUUCAUUUCAAUAAUUUAUGAUAAGAGAUCAGUCACUUUAAAGAAACAGGAAAAUAAUGCACUGACAGCUUUUAUAGAUGUGUGUAACAAUGUCAUGGAAUGUUGAUAAAAUGAAAGGAAUUUGUAUAAUUUUUUAUAAAUAUGUAUCAUUUAUUUUUGAAACAAGUAACUGUAAAAGAGAACCCAAAAAAAUGGCUUUCGAGUUCCAUAAGUUAUGACUAAAAAGUCAGAUUUGUUUUAGAUCAAAUCUAUAGACAUUUUAAAUCCUCUUUGCUUCUGUUUUUUGUCAUCUUACUUGGUAUUAAGUUAUUUCUCCAACAAUGAUAUUAAAGUAUUUUUGUAAAUGUGUGUGUUUUCUCGGGAGGAACAAUCUCAGUAUUGCUUAAGUAUCAUACUUGAAAACAUCAAUUGUAUUUUGAUUUUUGUGGGUCGGGUGGGGGUAUGGCAGUGUCUCCUUCUUACUGGCCAUGAGGUGAACUUGUUUCAAGCAAUUCUUUUAUCAGAUUUCCAUAUCUGAAUUAACAACUUCUUCUACAGAGGCAUAAUUUCAGUUGCAGUAUAAUGUUGAUAAUUUUGCUUAUUUUUGACAUAAUGAUAUAACAAUAUCUUUAUUAUCCUCCUGCUGAGGUAAUACUGUCAAGUGCUUGUGUUUUUUCUUGCCAAUGUUUAUAUACAUGUAAAAUGUAUUUUGAAGAGAUAUUCUACUGAGUGGUGAUCAAAUAAAAGUUGUUUUAUCAAUUCUGCACAUAAAAACCUUGUUGAAAUGAAAGUUAUUAUUUAAAAAAAAAUAAUACAUUUGUACCAUUUAACUGGAAAUGUGCAAAACUUUAAUUUGAAUUUUUGUCUGCUUUAACUGCUGUUUUGUUUGUAACAAUUUGAAAUUGUUAGAAAGGAAAACUGAACUUAAGGACAUGAGAAAUUUUGGAUAAAAUAAACCUUCAAAACAAG